GAGGGGUGGCUUUGAGUGACAGGCGGCGGCCGGGCCAGCGUUCCAUUUCGCGGCGAUGUUCCGAGGCUGUAGAAGCAGCUUUGCAGCGGCCGCUGCCCCCGUGUUCAGGAGAGCAUGCAUUCACUGCACCCUCGCUGACACAUGCAGCCCCCAGCCGGCACCCACCUCUGCACCUGGCCGGCUGCCUGCUGAGGCCUCGCCCGAUCUGGGAUCCACCAGCCGGUUUGCUUCCCGGCCCCUGCCCUUCUCGGCGUUCCUGACGGACGCAUUUGGGAGGCAGCACAACUAUCUGAGGAUCUCGCUGACGGAAAAGUGCAACCUGCGAUGUCAGUACUGCAUGCCUGAAGAUGGGGUCCAGCUCACCCCCCGAUCGCAGCUGCUGACGGCCGAGGAGAUCGUCACCCUGGCGCGCCUCUUCGUCACGGAGGGGGUGGACAAGAUCCGACUGACCGGUGGGGAACCCCUUAUCCGGCCCGACGUGCAGCACAUCAUUGGCCGCCUGCGGCAGAUGGAGAACCUGAAGACCAUCGCAGUGACCACUAACGGCAUCAACUUGGCCAAACUGCUGCCCGGCCUGAAGACAGCGGGACUGGACCUGCUCAACGUCAGCCUGGACACCCUGGUACCCGCCAAGUUCGAGUUCAUCGCCCGAAGGAGAGGCUUCCACAAGGUGAUCGAGGGCAUUGACAAAGCGAUCGACUUGGGCUACGACCCCGUCAAGGUGAACUGUGUGGUGAUGAGGGGUGUGAAUGAGGACGAGCUGCUGGACUUUGUGGAGUUCACCGCCACAAAGCCUCUGGACGUGCGGUUCAUCGAGUACAUGCCGUUUGAUGGCAACAAGUGGAACUUCAAGAAGAUGGUGAGUUACCAGGAGAUGCUGAGUGUCAUCAGGCAGAGGUGGCCUGAGCUGCAAAAUUUGCCUUCGGAAGAUUCCGGAACUUCUAAGGCGUACAAAGUUCCAGGUUUCCGGGGCCAGAUCGGGUUCAUCACCUCCAUGUCGGAACAUUUCUGCGGCUCGUGCAACCGUUUGCGACUCACCGCGGACGGCAAUUUGAAGGUCUGCCUCUUUGGGAAUGCCGAGGUGUCACUGCGGGACGUGUUGCGUUCGGGAGCCACGGAGGAGGAGCUCCUGGAGAUCGUGGGGGCGGCGGUGGGCAGGAAGAAGAAGCAACACGCAGGGAUGUUCAACAUAUCACAGAUGAAGAACCGUCCGAUGAUUCUGAUCGGGGGAGAGGUCGCUGCAUCCGCCGUGAAGCCGACUGUGCCUGUUCCCGAGGGAAGAAUUUUCCGGAAGGCAGUGCUCCCGGGACGGGUUGUGCCGCUCCCUCUGGGCGGUGUGGAGGGGUGGGCGGUGGGCCGGGGGGUCCGGGCCUACGUCGUCGCCCCCGGCAACGGGGGUCGGGGCGAGGACUCUGCCAAGCAAGGCCCGGCGGAGCCCGAGGGACUGACGCACUUGGACGGGCGAGGGAUGGCAGUCAUGGUGGACGUGGGCGGGAAGCCCGACUCCCUGCGCACGGCGGUCGCCCGGGCGACGGUGCGGCUGGGCGAGAGGGCCUUCGGCCUACUGCGCGAGGGGGCGCUGAAGAAAGGGGACGCGCUGUGCGCCGCCCGGCUGGCUGGCAUAUCGGCUGCCAAGAUGACCCCUCACCUGAUCCCCCUCUGCCACCCCGUGCCCCUCCAUCGGGUGGACGUCUGCCUGGACCUCGACCCGGCCCGCCUGGCGGUGGUGGUCACGGCAACCUGCGCUGCCCAUGGCAAGACGGGGGUGGAGAUGGAGGCCCUGGUGGCCACCAGCAUGGCUGCCCUCACCCUCUACGACAUGUGCAAGGCUGUCAGCCACGACAUCGUGCUGGAGGACAUCAGGCUGGUGAGCAAGACUGGCGGGCAGCGAGGAGACUUCCAUCGCCCGGGCAAGGACCCGUCCAACACACCUUAACCCUCCCCCAUCUUCUAGCCUCCUCUCCCCUAGCGCCCAUUGCUUCAUCAUUAGAGUCACUCAGCACUCAAAUAGGCCCUUCAGCCCGACUCACCCAUGCCAACCAACAUGCCCCAUCUAUGCUAGUACCAUUGAGAGUCAUUGAGUCACAGCAGGGAAACAGGCCCUUCGGCCCAACUCAUCCAAGAUACCCCAUCUAAGCUCGUCCCAUUAAUUGUCAUAAAAUUAUCUCGCCCGGAAACCGGCCCAACUCGCCCAUUCCAGCCAAGAUACCCCAUCUAAACUCGUCCCAUUAAUAGUCAUAAACCCAUCUAGCACGGAAACAGGCCCUUCGCCCCAACUCGCCCAUUCGAACCAAGUCACCCCAUCUAAUUAGUUCCAUUAAGAGUCACAGUCAUAGUCGCACAGUGUGAAAACAGGCCUUUCAGCCCAACAUGUCCAUGCUGACCAAGAUGUCCCACCUUAUCAGAUUUGAUUCAAAAGGCUCGACUAUUAAUCAAGAGAUGUGUCAAAAUCUCAGCUGUGAUAUUUAAUCGCAGCUUGUUUAGAGUCAUACAGCAUGGAAACAGGCCCUUCGGCCCAACUUGCCCACACCAACCAACAUGCCCCAUCCACACUAGACCCACCUGCCUGCAUUUGGCCUAAUCCCUCUAAACCUGUCCUAUCUAUGUAUCCUCUCCAAGUGUCCUUUUUAAAAGCUCUCAUAGUAUCAGCCUCAACUACCUCCUCUGUUCCAUACAUCCACCACCCUCUGAGUGGGAAAAGUUGCCCCUCGCAACUUAACGUACAUCUGGGGUGACGGAGGAACUGAAGGAAAUUCACAUUAGGCAGGAAAUAGUGUUGGACAGACUGAUGGGACUGAAGGCUGAUAAAUCCCCAGGGCCUGAUGGUCUGCAUCCCAGGGUACUGAAGGAAAUGGCUCUAGAAAUCAUGGAUGCAUUGGUGAUAAUUUUCCAAUGUUCUAUAGACUCGGGAUCAGUUCCUGUGGAUUGGAGGGUAGCUAAUGUUAUCCCACUUUUUAAGAAAGGCAGGAGAGAGAAAACGGGGAAUUAUAGACCAGUUAGCCUGACAUCGGUGGUGGGGAAGAUGCUGGAGUCAAUCAUAAAAGAUGAAAUAGCGGCACAUUUGGAUAGCAGUAACAGGAUCAGUCCGGGUCAGCAUGGAUUUACGAAGGGGAAAUCGUGCUUGACUAAUCUUCUGGAAUUUGUUGAGGAUGUAACUAGGGAAAUGGACAAGGGAGAGCCAGUGAAUGUAGUGUAUCUGGACUUUCAGAAAGCAUUUGACAAGGUUCCACAUAGGAGAUCAAUGGGAAAAAUUAGAGCACAUGGUAUUGGGGGUGAAGUGCUGACAUGGGUAGAAAAUAGGUUGGCAGACGGGAAACAGAGUAGGGAUUAACGGGUCCCUUUCAGAAUGGCAGGCAAUGACUAGUGGGAUGCCGCAAGGCUCGGUGCUGGGACCGCAGCUAUUUACAAUAUACAUCAAUGAUUUGUAUGAAGGGAUUCAAAGUAACAUUAGCAAAUUUGCAGAUGACACAAAGCUGGGUGACUGAACUGUGAGGAGGAUGCUAUGGGAAUGCAGGGUGGACAGGUUGGGGGAGUGGGCAGAUGCGUGCCAGAUGAAAUUCAAUGUGGAUAAAUGUGAGGUUAUCCACUUUGGUGGCAAAAACAGUAAGGCUGAUUAAUAUCUGAAUGGCAUCAAGUUGGGAAAAGGGGAAGUACAACGGGAUCUGGGGGGUCCUUGUUCAUCAGCCACUGAAAGUAAACAUGCAGGUACAGCAGGCAGCGAAGAAAGUGAAUGGCAUGUUGGCCUUUAUAACAAGAGGAGUUGAGUUUAGGAGCAAAGAGGUCCUUCUGCAUUUGUACAGGGCCCUGGUGAGACCACACCUGGAGAAUAGUGUGCAGUUUCGGUAUCAUAAUUUGCUGUCUGGCCCACUGAGUUACUUCAGCACUUUGUGUCUAACGAAAAUUAGGUCGGGUUCAAAUUUAGUUCACUUUAGUUUAGAGAUACAGCACUGAAACAGACACUUCAGCCCACCGGGUCCGCGCCGACCAGCGAUCCCUGCACAUUAACACUAUCCUGCAUACACUAGGGACAUUUUUACAUUUACCAAGCCAAUUCUUUGGAGUCUUUGGAGUGUGGGAGGAAACUGAAGAUCUCAGAGAAAACCCACGCAGGACACGGGGUGAACGUACAAACUCUGUACAGACAGCGCCCGUAGUCCGGAUCGAACCCGGGUCUCCGGCGCUGCAUUGGCUGCUGCGCCACCGUGACUACCUUGUGUCUGUUUAGGGGAACCAAGAGCCAGUGGACAUAGGUUUAAGGUGACAGGGUGAAGAUUGAAUGGGAACCGAGGGGGGGGCAACUUUUUCCACACAUAGGGUGGUGGGUGUAUGGAACGAGCAGCCAGAGGAGGUAGUUGAGGCAGGGGCUAUAACAGCAUUUUCAAGACAUUUAGCCAGGCACAUGGAUAAGAACGGUUUAGAGGGAAACGGGCCAAAUGAGCUUAGAUGGGACUUCUAGGUCGGCAUGGAUGAGAGGGGCCGAAGGGCCUGUUUCCCUGCUGUAUGACUGUUCUCCAGGAAGUCCUAUUUGCAGUCACUUCCAGUACAUUGCUCACCGCCCUCAUUGGCGCAGUUACCUUCGGCCUCUGACGCAGAGACGCUGAUUUGGAAGGGAAAAUGUUUAUCUUAAUGGCAUGUUGAACUUUGAUGCGUAAGUGGCAAAUUUAUAACGCAGAUCUUUAUUUUGGCAGCAACAUUAAAACAUGCCUGUGGCUCUCGUA